AUGUGCGUCUUGACCCGGGCGCUGCGCACCGAGACAGACUCGGACGAAACGUCCAUGUCCUCUCCAUUCGACCUUCUUCCACUGCCUACCCGCUCGAAGUCUUCGACCAUAUCUCAUGUUUCUUCCGGAAGCGCGUCCCCCAUACCACCCUCCAUAUCUCGCUCGCAAACCCAUGCAGCCACUUCGUCACUAGGAGCGUCCCUAGCACCAUCACAUCCUUCUACUCCGUUUCUCACCCCGCAAGUUUCUUCGAGCAAUGUGCUACUACCUCCUACAUCCAGAAGGCUUCUCAUGCCCACCGUUCGCUCCCCGAAAGCGAUACCGAAUGGUUCUCCUCGUGUUCCACCACCAGCAAGAUUCUCCCCGUCGAAGCCUCCUCGGUCUAGGGCAGGCUCAACAUCCAAUCUUGUCCCUGUUGACCCAAAUGAACGUUCUACGAGCACUGUAACUUCAGAUUGGAUUGGAGGGGGUCGCAAGUUUGAAGUGGUGGAGGAACAGAUUGAACUCGAGGGCUUCCAAAUAUUUGCCGUAGAGAGAUGGGUAGUAGAGCGGCGGCGUCCUGUCACUGCGCUGACUGUAUUAACAGGGGAGCCAUCGCAUAAGAUCACCGUUACAGCGCUCAGUCCUCAGUCCUCCUUGAGUCAAGUAGAUGCUGCGACGGAGUGGGACAACGCCAUUCGAGAGCUGCGCCGUGAAGGUGCGCGUGCAAAGGAGACAGACAAAGGAACGCUUAUGGUGACGUCGUUGGCUAAUUUCCGCUCCGAUUACACUAUUGUGCACAUCCCUCGCGGCAAUUUUCUGCUAGUGCGCGAACAGCUGUACACGAACAUCAAUAUCCUCAGGAUGGGUUGCAGCGGGCGCAGUGCGUUGACGCUAGAGGAACCUAGUGAUGCCACAAAAGACCGUUUUAUCUCAAUGUAUCGCAUUCCAGAAAAGGCGCUCGCUCAGUCUUCUACCCUCUUUAAUGAUACAGUCUUAGAACUGGUUAAGCUUAUUCAAGCUGCGCUCACGAUCUAUGGCAUGCUGGACAUCCUGCCGGAAGAACGCAAUGGCUUGCUAUGCGAUGUCACAUGCGAGGGUCUCAGACGCUGGGUGGUUGAAAUUGGAGAAUUGUACAUGAAAGUAGAGCCGAUGGAAAGGGUAGCGGAUCCGUCAAUUGUAGCAGCACUCUUCAGUUCAAUAUUAACGUUGCGCAAUAAGUUGCACGCACUUGGACACGUCGUGCCGAAGGAUCCCUUCGUAGACCCGCAGGCCUUCAUCAGAGCCCUUGACACCUACAUUUCCAAAUCUACUACGCAGUCCCACUCCCACUCCCUCAGUGUCACUCAAGCCGUAAUUCCCAACACGAGCCCUCUCUCCGGCUCUUCGCCCUCUUCGUCUGGCGCUUCUCCCGUCCCUCCGGCGCCCUCAAUUCCGCCCGUGACGUGCCUGUGUCUGCCUGUAAUCGAGUCCAUCAGGUCUGCCUACGAGAAGAAGAUGCGACAGAACGAUUCCUACAAGGUCCACCGUGUGCUCAUCAACAAACUCGACGAUCUUGCGACAGACAUACGCACCACCACUGGCGCCUCUAGCUCGGAGGCAGGUAGCCCCGGUUCUGGUGCGGCGACCAGUGUAAACCCGACGUCCGACUUGUCUGCUCUGGUGAAAGUAAUAACUGGUGGUUCAAAAGACUCGCCGCAGAGCUUCCUCUAUUUAUGGACAGGGAGGCCGGGAGAGGCAAGGAAGAAGCGGCGUGAUCGGGAGGUAGCCUGGAGCGACGGGGAAAUGGGGGAGGAGCGCUCGCGCGAGAAGGAAACGGAAAGGGAGGGAGAAGGACGAGAGAAGGAUGGCAAAGAGGGUAAGCACAAGGAGAAGUAUGACAGAGACAAGGAGAAAGAGCCGAAGUUGUCCGAGGACGAGUGUGAGCAUAACGGUGCCCGGCCAUGGCCCGGAAGGGUACAACGGAAAUUUGAGAAUUGGGCUGCCUUGAGCAGGACAAAGAAGUUGAGUGUCGACUUCGGCACGCUAGGGAAAGCGUUUCUAUCGCCUGAGUCUCCCCCACGCGGAGCACGGAUUGGACAAUCUGGACCAUCUGCGCAGCCGAUAACGGUGCCUUCUGUAGUUAUAUCGAGUGAAGCUGACGAAGACGAGAUAUUGAGUAGCGGACAGGUCUCCCCAGUAUCUGAGCCCACUGUUGCCAAUCCUUCUCUGUACGGCUUUCGCUCGCUCGGUCCUGCCGAGAGUUCAGUCAGCGAACUCUCCGAAUAUGAUCGACGCGUCACCGAAUUCAACCAGAAGCGGCCUUCUACGAAAGCAAUGUUUCAGUCGCGUAUCAUCAGCUGGUCAGACCCUGUCAGUGCGAGAGACUUGUUAGAUGAGGACGAUGUGCAGUACGGGAGGAAGCCCAAUGCAAGUCUGCUUGGGAGGAGCGACUCUUGGGGUCCCUCAGAAGAACUGAGUGCCGACAUGGAUGAAACAGCAACGGAGGAUGUCUUCAGACGGAGACCAAUUGCCUUUGGCCUGCAGCGCCGGAGAAGCUUUGACGACGCUCUAGACCUGAAGGGAAUGCGGGUGCUCCCGCUGGACCGGAUGCGCAUCGACGUCGACCUCUGCGGGCAGCUGCUUGUGAUGCAUCGCCGCGAGGCGCACCUCGCGAACGUCGUCGCGUGCCUAGAGGCGCUCACGUCGUCGCUCUCGCGCACAAACUCGCGCCUGCGGCAGGACCACGAGUCUGCGCGGCCGGCCCUCGAAGAUCUCCGCCAGCGCGCUCACGUGCUGCAGGAGCUCGAGGCCGCGCGCACGCGCUCGGAUGCGCUCACGCAGGAGACGAACACGCUCGCGUACGAGUCAGCGCAGUUUCUCGUGGACGACCUGUGGCACAUGGCCGCGCAGCCUCUCCAGCGAGUGCUUGCCCUCCGGCAGAAGACGUUCGGUACGGGCAGGCGGCACCCGCAGGGCAUUCGCGGUGCACAUGGGCGGUUCAAUUGGGUGCAGUGGACGUUGGACGGGGAGGAACGGCUGGUCGACAGGCGCGGUCGGACGGAGAGCGAGGCGGAGGAUGAGGCGGGCCUCCCACUUGGGGCAGGUGUUGAUAUCGAGGCAGAGGAGGAGGAGGUCGAUGUUGUGGAGAAUCAGAGCCUAAGACCGACGUGGGUGCUCCGACUGUUUAAUUACUGGGGCGCCAAAGGGGGCGCGUCGAAGGCAGCGGCAAAGGAUGCCAAGGGGCAGGGCAAGAACGACAAGAAGCAAGAGGAUGCGGACGAAAGUGUGAGCACCUUUCCUUCACCGUCUCCCCCAUCUCAGAACAUUCGCCUUCGUGGAGCGGUGAGGACUAACACUUUGUGA